AAGGUUAUUUAGAUUUGUAUAAGUGGCUGGCUUUUGGAAUUUGCAGCAAUAUGAAACUCGACGCAUGUUCUCUCAAGUCAUUGUCCAAGAUGGAGCUUCGAGUACUUUCCGCUGUUGAAAUGGGUAUGAAAAAUCAUGAGCUUGUACCUGUUGAAUUAAUAUAUUCCAUAUCAAAGUUGAAGCCGAGUGGCUUUCGUAAGGGACUUCGACAAUUGCUGUUCAACAAACUGGUGCAUCACGAGCAGCGGGGUUACGACGGUUACAGACUAACAAACCUGGGAUACGAUGUUCUUGCCUUGAAUACUUUGCUUUGUAGAGGUUCUAUUAGUCAAAUUGGUGACAAAAUUGGUGUCGGUAAGGAAUCCGACGUAUUCCUGGCACAGAAUGAGAAGGGAAACAAGUUGGUGCUCAAGUUUCAAAGACUUGGUCGAACGUCUUUUCGUGCGGUUAAAGAAAAGAGAGAUUAUCUUAAGCAUAGAAAGAGUGCUUCUUGGCUGUAUUUGUCAAGGCUAGCUGCACAAAUUGAGUACCGUUGUUUAAAGGCUUUUUAUAAAGCAGAGUUACCGGUGCCUAAACCAAUUGACGCAAACAGGCACUGUAUAUGUAUGCAAUAUAUAGAGAAUAGUAUUCAACUUAGUGACGCAACCAAGUUGGUCAAUCCUUUUGCAGUUUACGAAAAAUGUAUUACGAUGAUGGAAAAGCUUUUGAAGAUUGGCGUUGUACACGGAGACUUCAAUCAGUUUAAUAUUUUGUUGGACGAACACGAAAAUGUCUUUUUGAUAGACUUUCCACAAGUGAUUUCUAUUAACCAUGUAGAUGCGGAAUAUUACUUUGAACAUGAUUUGAGUUGCUUGCAAGAUUUUUUUGCCAAGUUUGAUUUAGACUUGUGUUCAGUGGCGCAGUUAUCUUUUCAGGAAAUUAAGAAAGAACUUGACACUAGUGAACAUGCUAAAUUUCUAAAUCUGGAUGAAGAUGUUGAUGAGAAUAACUCUGAAGACGAAGGCAACGAGCAUAUGAUGCAAUCAUCGGUUAACAACGUAGAAAAUUACAACGAUGAAGCCGAACUUGAUUAUGACGUGGAGAAGGAUAAGUGCUAUUCUGAUAUUGUAAAAAAAGUCCGAGAUGAGUGGAAAGUAAGUGAAUCCAAGACGUCAAGGCUUCGUCCCAAUAUGAAGCAAUCCCGAAAGGCAAGACAAGAAAUUAAAAGUGUGAAUAGCUUCUUUUAGUAAUGCUAAUCAAACCCUUGUUCAUUCUAUAAAGGAACUUUCAGCAUAUGUUUCAUGAUUAUUUUAUCUAUUUUU